GACAUGACCUCCAACAUGAGUGUGUCUGGGAAACAGGACUUAAAGAAAGACGAGAGAAUGAUGAAGAGAAAGAGAUCAGUCUCACCAGAACCCAGCGGUGUGUCCAUGAAGAGUGACUGGUCAAUGGAACUUCCAAUUAACUUCAGAGACAGAGACAGUUCUACUGAUGUGAGAACACAAAAGAAGAAAUCAAACAUCAGCAGAAAUCAGCUGAACUCCAUAUUCAAGGAGCUGGAACACAAAGUUAUCACUCAGAUAAAGAAUGAGCUGAAGAGGUUUAGGAAGCUCCUGAGUCCAGAUUACCCAGCAUGCACUGAGAGGGAGGUGGAGGAUGAGGAAGAUCUGCACAGUGUCAGAGAGGGAGCACUGAAGAUCACACUGCACGUCCUGAAGAACAUGAACCACACAGAUCUCGCUAACACACUGCACAACAAGUCUGUAGGUUCUGUGUAUCAGACAAAGUUGAAGUCCAAGCUGAGAGAGAAGUUUAAAAGAAUUAAUGAAGGAAUCUCACAGCAUGGAAGCUCAGCACUUCUGAAUGAGAUCUACACUGAGCUCUACAUCACAGAGGGUUGGAGUGGAGACGUCAAUAAUGAACAUGAGGUGAGACAGAUUGAGACAGCGUCCAGGAGACCAGCAACACAGGAGAAACCCAUCAAAUGUAAUGAGAUCUUUAAAGACAAGUCCAUUAGAACUGUGCUGACUAAAGGAGUUGCUGGAAUUGGAAAAACAGUCGCUGUGCAGAAGUUCAUCCUGGACUGGGCUGAAGGAGAAGUAAAUCAGGACGUCUUCUUCAUGUUUCCACUUCCCUUUAGAGAGCUGAAUCUGAUGAAGAAACAAAAUCUCAGUCUGAUGAAUCUUCUUCAUCACUUUUUCCCAGAAACUAAAAAACUAGCAUCAAUAGACUGUGACUCCUACAAAGUGGUGUUGAUCUUUGAUGGUCUGGAUGAGUGUCGGCUUCCUCUAAAUUUCCAGAAGAAUGAGAGAUUGUGUGAUGUGACAGAGUCAGCCUCAGUGGAUGUGCUGCUGACGAACCUCAUCAAGGGGAAUCUGCUUCCCUCUGCUCUCCUCUGGAUAACCACAAGACCAGGAGCAGCCAAUCAGAUCCCUCCUGAGUGUGUAGACCAGGUAACAGAGGUACGAGGCUUCAGUGAUCUUCAGAAAGAGAAGUACUUCAGGAAGAGGAUCAGUGAUCAGAGCCUGGCCACUAAAAUCAUCAAUCACCUGAAGUCUUCAAGAAGCCUCUACAUCAUGUGCCACAUCCCAGUCUUCUGCUGGAUCUCAGCCACUGUUCUAGAGAGAAUGUUUGGGGAAGCAGAGGGUGGAGAGAACCCAAAGACUCUGACUCAAAUGUUCACACACUUCCUGAUCUUUCAGAUCAAACACAAGGACCAAAAGUACCAUCAGAAAUGUGACCCUGAUCCUCAGCAGACCAGAGAGAGUAUCAUGGCACUGGGAAAACUGGCUUUCCAGCAGCUGGAGAAAGGAAACCUGAUCUUCUAUGAGGAAGACCUGAGAGAAUGUGGAAUUGAUGUCAGAGAAGUGUCAGUGUACUCAGGAGUGUGUACCCAGAUCUUCAGAGAGGAGUUUGGUCUUCACCUGGGGAAGGUGUUCAGCUUCGUACAUCUGAGUGUUCAGGAGUUUCUGGCUGCUUUAUACACGUUUCUCUCCUUCAUCUGCAGAAAUGUAACAGAACAUCAAACCUCUGAUCUAUCUGAUCUUUUCGGGAAGUCAAACAUGUCUGAUCUCCUCAGGAGUUCAGUAGACAAGGCCUUGGAUAGUGAGAACGGGCACCUGGACCUAUUCCUCCGCUUCCUUCUGGGUCUCUCACUGGAGUCCAAUCAGACUCUCUUACGAGACUUAAUGCCACAGACAGGAAGCAGAUCUCACAGCAAACAGGAAACAGUGGAGUACAUCAAGGAGAAGAUCAGGGAGAAUCCAUCUCCAGAGAAAUCCAUCAAUAUGUUCCACUGUCUGAAUGAACUGAAUGAUCAUUCUCUAGUGCAGGAAGUACAAACUUACCUGAACAGAGGAGGUUACAGACGUCUCAGUGGACCCAGACUUUCUCCUGAUCAGUGGUCAGCUCUGGUGUUUGUGUUACUGACCUCAGAACAGGAGCUGGAUGUGUUUUAUUUGAGGAAAUAUGAUCCAUCAGAUGAAUGUCUUCUUAGGCUGCUGCCAGUGGUCAAAGCCUCCAGAAAAGCUGUUCUGUGUGACUGUAAUCUGACAGAGGAAAGCUGUAGAGUUCUGUCCUCAGUUCUCAGCUCAAACUCCUCCAGUCUGAGAGAACUGGACCUGAGUAAGAAUAAACUGCAGGAUUCAGGAGUGAAGCUGCUCUCUGAUGGGCUGAAGGAUCCACACUGUACACUGGAGAUACUGAGGCUGUUUCAGUGUAAUCUGACAGAGGAAAGCUGUAAAGUUCUGUCCUCAGUUCUCAGCUCAAACUCCUCCAGUCUGAGAGAACUGAACCUGAAUAACAAUAAACUGCAGGAUUCAGGAGUGAAGCUGCUCUCUGAUGGACUGAAGAAUCCACACUGUACACUGGAGAUACUGAGUCUGUGUGACUGUAAUCUGACAGAGGAAAGCUGUAGAGUUCUGUCCUCAGUUCUCCGCUCAAAUUCCUCCAGUCUGAGAGAACUGGACCUAAAUAACAAUAAGCUGCAAGAUUCAGGAGUGAAGCUGCUCUCUGAUGGACUGAAGAAUCCACACAGUACACUGGAGAUACUGAGUCUGUGUGACUGUAAUCUGACAGAGGAAAGCUGUAGAGUUCUGUCCUCAGUUCUCAGCUCAAACUCCUCCAGUCUGAGAGAACUGGACCUGAGUGAGAAUAAACUGCAGGUUUCAGGAGUGAAGCUGCUCUCUGACGGACUGAAGGAUCCACACUGUACACUGGAGAAACUGAGGAUGUGGGGCUGCAGUAUUACAGAUGAAGGUUGUGCUGCUCUGGCUUCAGCUCUGAGGUCAAACUCCUCAUCACACCUUAGAGAACUGAAUCUGUACGAUAAUAAUCCAGGAGAAUCAGGAGUGAAGCUGCUCUUUGAUCUACUGAAGGAUCCACACUGUAAACUGGAGACACUACAACUCCGUCGGUGUAAUCUAACAGUGCGUAGCUUUAGUGUUCUGUCCUCAGCUCUUAUCUCAAACUUCUACACACUGAGAGAACUAAACCUGAGUGAGAAUAACCUGCAGGAUUCAGGGGUGAAGCUGCUUUCUGCUGGACUGGAGAGUCCACAUUGUACACUGGAGAAACUGGAUCUUCGUGAUUGUAACCUGACAGAGGAAAGCUGUAGAGUUCUGUCCUCAGUACUCACCUACAGACUGCGAAAAUUGAACCUGAGUGACAAUAAACUGCAGGAUUCAGGAGUGAAGCUGCUUUCUGAUGGACUGAAGAAUCCACACUGUACACUGGAGAAAGUGGAUCUGCGUGGGUGUAAUCUGACAGAGGAAAGCUGUAGGUUUCUGUCCUCAGUUCUCAGCUCAAACUCCUCCAGACUGACAGAACUGGACCUGAGUCGCAAUAAACUGCAGGAUUCAGGAGUGAAGCUGCUCUCUGAUGGACUGAAGAGUCCACACUGUACACUGGAGAAACUGGAGAUGUGGGAGUGUGGAAUUACAGAUGACGGUUGUGUUGCUCUGGCUUCAGCUCUGAAAUCAAACUCCUCAUCACAGCUCAGGGAACUGGAUCUGAAUGAUAAUAAAACAGGAGACUCAGGAGUGAAGCUGCUCUCUGAGAUACUGAAUGAUACACAAUAUAAACUGGAGAAACUACAUAUGACCAUGAGGCCUGGUCUGAUGUGAUCUGAUGUGAUCUGAUCUCACACAGUGGAUUCUGACAGUUGAGAGAAGUCUUACACACACAAUAUCACACACUAUAUGAGGUCUUCACUGAACAAACAUGUAAAUAUUUCAUAUCAUCUCUAUUAGAGGAGCCAGCAUCUGUUUAACGAUUAUUUACCAUGUCUUACACCUUGGUCUCUGCUCUAUAUAAUAUACUAUACAUGUUGCGGCAAACCGCCCGUCACCCCGCCUUCCCUUAUUAGUACCAGGUGAAACGAAUCCACACUCUGUUGUACCUGCCUGGGCCGGAUAAGGCAGCGCAUUGUUGCUAUUAUUUUUGCACUGGGAAUUGAUGCCACGGCAAAGAGCAGCACUGAAUGAAUGUAGCAUUAAAUGAUGCGCUGUAGGUCACACUUUUGGUUUGAGUAGCGUAUCUUCAAUUCAUGUGGUGUUUGUGUAGUGGGUUAAUAUGUUUUUGUAUAUGUUCAUAUUUUGUUUAACAAUUAGGGUUUGUUAAUUGUUUACCUAAAUUUGAUUUACUUGAAUUUGAUGUAAGUUUGUCUGGUUUAAUUUGGUAAUUCAUGAUUUGGAUAGUUUAAAUACCUUAAAUACUAUAAAAAAUAUAUUGCUUAAAAUUCAUCUGAUAUAAGUAUAUAAAAGACUUAAGUGAGCUGACUAUAUAAUUAAAUAUAGAUUGUUUAAUUAUUAAAAUAGCAAUAAUUGAUUAAUAUGGUUAAAAGCAUGUAGUUAGAGUCCCGUAAAAGAAGCUAUACAGAUGUGAAAGAUUUAGCAACUCCUACAGUAUGUGCAAUAUAGUAAGUCUGGUGAAAUAUUCAUGGUUUAAAUGGUUCAUUAACUUAAUGUACUGAAUGUUCUGUGUAAAAGUUAUAUUAAGUCAUGUUAAACCUGCUACUUUAUGCAUUUUAUUGGGCUUGCUGGUACUUUACACUGUUUGUAUGUUCAUGUCUUUAAAGGGUUUUCACCUUCAGAACUUAAUGCUAUAACAAAUAAAUGGAUGAAAGAAA